AUGCCAUCCCCCAGGGCCAAUCACCGGCGGGGCAGUGCCGUCAGUCCCCCUCAGAUUGGGGGUGACGUCAGGGCGCCGGUCGUGUGCGUGGCAGACGUCACAGCGCAGGGCGGGGGUACAACACGGCGCAGGGCGGCUGGCUGGCGGACUUGUGGGCGGGCGGGCGGCUCGACGCAGAGCCCAGAUGCUCGGCGCCCCCAGGAGAUCCACCGGCGGGUGCACACAGGAGAACGCCUCUUCGACUGCUCCGACUGUGGCAAGAACUUCAAGACAAUGAAUGACCUGAAUAUGCACCGGCGGGUGCACACGGGUGAGAAGCCCUAUGGCUGCUCCACCUGCGGCAAGAGCUUUGCCCAGUCGUCGGGGCUGCUGCAUCACCGGCGGGUGCACAGCAGUGAGCGGCCCUUCACCUGCUCCGGCUGUGACAAAGGCUUCAAGUCGUUGCCGGAACUGAAGAUACACAGGCGCAUGCACACAGGCGAGCGCCCCUACACCUGCGCUCAGUGCGGAAAGAGCUUCACCCAGUCCACCAGGCUGUUGAUGCACCAGCACACCCACACCGGUGAGCGCCCAUACACCUGCAACGACUGCGGCAAGGGCUUCACCCACUCCACCAGGCUACUGGUGCACCAGAGCACCCACACCGUGGAGCGUCCCUACACCUGCAGCCAGUGCGGCAAAGGCUUCACCCGCUCCAACUACCUACUGAAGCACCAGCGCACCCACACCGGCGAGCGCCCUUACACCUGCGCCCAGUGCGGCAAGGGCUUCACCUGCUCUAGCAGCCUGCUGGUGCACCAGCGUACCCACACCGGCGAGCGUCCCUUCACCUGUGUCCAGUGCGGCAAGGGCUUCACCCGCUCCGAUAGCCUGCUGGAGCACCAGCGCACCCACACUGGCGAGUGUCCCUACAACUGCGCCAAGUGCGGCAAGGGCUUCACCAGCUCCACCAGGCUGCUGUCCCACCAGCGCACCCACACCGGUGAUCGCCCCUACACCUGCUCCCAGUGCGGCAAGAGCUGCACCAGCUCCACCAGGCUGUUAGAGCACCAGCGCACCCACACCGGCGAGCACCCCUUCACCUGUGCCCAAUGCGGCAAGGGUUUCACCAGCUCCACCAGACUGGUGUCCCAUCAGCAGGUGCACGCCGGCGACCAGUAG